AUGCCUUCUGCCAAAGAACCAGUACCUUCUCUGAAGGUAUUAAUGCUUCAUGGAUAUACCCAAAACGGACCCCUCUUUCACGCAAAGACGCGCGCCAUGGAGAAGCAUCUUCAGAAAAUAUUUCCAGGGAUAUCAUUGAAUUAUCCUACGGCGCCAUUACAAUUAAAACCCAGUGAUGUACCAGGGUUUGACCCGAGCACAAGCGAAGAUGCGGACAGCAUUGAAGCCUACGGUUGGUGGCGCCGCUCAGACACCUCCGAUCCACCUGAAUAUUAUGGUCUUGACCAGGGUCUGGAAUCAGUAGCUAAAGUACUUGAGUCGGAAGGACCAUUUGAUGGAGUAAUAGGAUUUUCGCAGGGUGCAGCACUGGCAGCAAUGACUGCUUCUCUCCUCGAGGGAGAUUCGAGAAAACAAGCAUUUAGCAAGGCACAAGAGAAGUCAAAACUUGCGAUACCGUAUCCCAAAGCCUUUGAGAGUCUGACACACCCGCCAUUGAGAUUUUGCGCAGCCUACUCCGGCUUCAAGGCACCAGGCGAGCGAUAUACCGCCUUUUUCGAAGAGCCAUACAUUCAAACUCCAAUAUGCCAUUUUGUUGGAAGUCUAGACAGUGUGGUCGAAGAGGCACGAACUCAGGCACUGGUUGAUGCAGCAGGAGGUGCAGAUCGAACACAGGUCGUGGUCCACCCCGGUGGACAUUUCGUACCAAGCGGCAAACAGUAUCUCGAUACAAUCGCAGCCUUCAUCAAACAAACAACUACGUCAGAGAGCAAUAAGAGUGGGAAAGAAGAAGAGCGAGUGGAGGACAUGGAUGUACCGUUCUGA